GAGAAGGGGAGUCGGAGGCCAGGACCAAAGGCAAGGGAGGGAGGGGGGGCCGCCAGGGAGGACGAGACCAAGACGCGCGGAGGGGGGAGCGCGCAUUGAUCUGCCUCCCCCACCCGUUUUCGCCUCCAGCCAAUCAGCUGGGGGGGCCUCGAGCAGAGCGGAGGGGCACCAGCUUCUCGACCAAUCAGCGCCCGAGCUUCUCUUGAAGGACGGAGACAGGAGAAAAAAAAGUACCGAGGGAGGGGGUGAGUCGAAACCACCCUCAACCGCCGGCGCUCUUAAAGGUACACCUUGAGGGGGUUUAAGGCUGCGAGAAGUGGGGCAGUAGGGGGGCCUUUUCCGCCGGAGGACAACAACAACAACAACCACCCCUCCAGCGCCUGUCAAUGGCUUUAAAGAGAGCUCGGCCCUCUUAAAGGGAAGUUCUCCUCAGGCCUUCAUUGUGGCGACGGCGGCGAGGAGGAGGGGGGAGGUGAGAGAAGAAAUGUUCGGAGGGCUUUUUGUGGCAACUGCGGAUUCUUAAUGAGAGAGGCCUUUAAAGGGAGGGGAAGGAAAAAAGGAAGGGUUCCGGCCACUUAAAGGGGAGGACAUGCACCUUGGCAGGAAAUGUGUGGCGGACUUUAAAUGGGAGGCCCUUUAAAGGGGAUGGAAGGAGGAGAGGAGAAGGAGGUUCUCGGAGCUGGGAUCUGAAAAAGGCAAGGUCACGCCCUGCAGCAGGGGAUCUCGGAGGGCCCUCUCGCCCCUAAGACUGCGAGGCGGAGGAAGGCGCUGGGACCACGGCGUUGCCCGUCACCCGAGGGGAGGAAGGGGCUGCCCUCCGAGCGGAAGCCAUUGGCCAUUGUUGGCAGGAGUCGCCUCUGCAGUCUUAAAGGGGAGGCCUCGCUCUUGCAAGCAAGCACUUCCUCCCGGCCUGCCAUGAUCGGGGAGGCCUCGCUCUUGCAAGCAGACAUCUGAGGACAUUUUGUUUUCCCUGACGGCACUUAAAUCGGAAGCUGCAAGGCAAGGCUGUCAGUCUCAGCCCAGACUCGUUGCUUGAGGAGGCUUAGAUGCCUUUAAUGGACUGACAGAUUUGUCUCCUGGGCCCAAGGAAGAAGCGCCAAGAGCACUGCCUUGUCUCUCCGGGUUGAAAUAAUCCUGGAUCGCAGUCUUCUUCUUUCUUCAGUUUUGCUUUGAAAGUAUUUAAUUUCUUAACGAUCCCCCUGUGAAGAAGGAGACGUAAAUACAACAUAACAGGAAUCCCUUGUUAAACUUGAACAAAAGGGGACAUUCCCACAGCAAAGAGGACCAUCCUGCCACAGAAAUCUAAAUUAAGGAAAGGUUUUUGACAUUUGUCAACUAAACCAGAAUCUCUUGUCAGUUGGGAGUGAAAUCUAAACAAAAGGGGACUUUCCAGCAGCAAAGAGGACCUUCCUGCCACUGAGAGGGCUCUCUAAAUCUCAAUUAAGGAGAGGUUUCUGACAUUUAUCAACUCAGCCAGACUCUCCUGCCAGUUGGGAGUUAAAUUUGAAUCAAAUUGAAGGAGAGGUUGAGGCCAGGAAACAGAACACUUUUUAUUUAUUUAUUUUUCUCAAAAAGGAGAGCCAUUUUCUAGAUUCUGGCGCUUCUCUCUCAGUCGCAGAAGAGCAAGGAACUGGUUGAGAGCAGCUGCGAUGCAACUGGCUGGGGAGGGGUGAAGGCCGCACCCCCCUUCUCUUGCGUGUCUGCAACAACCACUAGACACAACACGACCCGUUCUCUGUACCUCAAGGGGGGCAUCAUGGAAGGAACUGCUGCUGCAGCGCCGGUCCCGUGUUGGAGCGGAGGGGGAGGCAGCAGUAGCCGGGCCCGAAGGCAACGGCGUUGCUCACGGCGGGACCGUGAGAGCCGCUGCACUCGCCGCCGGGGAGGCCGGGCCGGAGAUGCUUCCCAUCGGGGCAUCUUGUCAUCCUCGUCUUCGGGAUCGGACAGUGAAGGGCCCUCCCCACCUGCCCCUGUGGCCCCUGGCAAAGGCCGCCCCAUUCAGCAACAGCAACAACGCCGUCGGCGCCGGCCCCUCCGGCGGAAGAAGGCCUCUGGAUCGUCCUGCAGCCGUGAGGAGGAGGAGGAGGAAGAAGAGGAGGAAGAUCUCAUUGAUGGCUUUGCCAUUGCCAGCUUUGUCAGCCUUGAGGCACUUGAGAAGGAUGCAACCCUGAAGACCCCAGAGCGGUUGGAGCUUCGGAUGAAACAUUCUGGGAAGAGAAAACGGGGCGAGGGAAAUAACUCUGAGCCAGAAGAUGAGGAUGGGAGUUCAGAGAAGGGCCGUAGCCGCAGCUGUGGAGGGGAGCGAGCACCAACAAAACGUAGCAAGAGGCGGCAUGAAGAGACUUCUCUCCAAUCCUACCUGGAAACUGGAUAUAUAUGUGAUACAGAAAGUGACCCAGAGGAGCAGGCCUCCAUUGAUGACCUCGACCCGUCAUUCACUGUCUCAACCAGCAAAGCCUCGGGACCCAUUGGUGCAUUAAACGGGAGCUGUGAAGCCAAACUCUCUGUGAUCCCGAAAGUCUCCGGCCUGGAGCGGAGCCAGGAGCGUAAUUAUGAGGCCGACCGGGACGCUCUGCUAGUGCCUUUCCUGCCCAAGGAACCUCCUUCUCAGGCCGCCGCAGCCCCCGUUCCAGCUCAGGCCUUGCCCCCAAGUCCUCCUGUCCUGCCUCCUGCCAGGACCCGGGCUCAGACGCCUAACACUGCGGUUCGUGGGACUCCCCAGCCUAAAGGCCCACUGCCUCCAACACCUCAAGGGGGACCGGUCCCCCACAGCCUCAGCCAGAGCCAGCUCCACAUGAAGGUACCGCCCUUUACUAGCCAGACGCAGGGACCGUACGCAGUCGGGCUGGACCUCAGCACUGGAGGGUGCAGCCGCAGUGCAGCUCACCCCAAGUCCAUCCUCCCUCCUUGCUCCCCGUCUUCCUCUCAACUCCCUCACCGGCCCUCCACCCCCUCACUGGCCCUACCUCCCCAUGCCUUUCCAUCCACUCUUCGGCCCCCUUCCCAUCACCAUCCGGGCAUGUUCACCCCUUCACCUGGCCUCCCACCGCCACCUCCGCUGCUUCAAGUUGCCGGGCACCCAGCUGCAGCUGCUGCCAUAUCUGAACAAGAAUUAAUCCGCCAAGACCUGAGUUCCCGAUUCCUCACGCCACAAGGCGGAGCCGACAUGGGGGCUGCCACCAUUCGCCCCUUGGCUUUCCAGUUCCACCAACACAACCAUCAGCACCAGCACACCCACCAACACACCCACCAGCACUUCACCCCUUUCCCACCAGGAAUGGUACCCACACCCAGUUCAGCUGUGUUUGAGAAAUACCCUGGCAAGAUGGAUGGGCUUCUGAGGCAUAACUUUUAUGCCGCAUUCCCCCCAACCGUGUCGGGGAUCUCCCCAGUCCUGCCUCCCGCUGUGACUUUUGGCUCCCUGCAGGGGGCGUUCCAACCUAAGAGUACUAACCCUGACCUGCCAUCCCGCCUAGGCACUGUCCCACCCACCAUGUCCCAGAAAGGGGCUCAGCUAACCGAUCCCUUCCGGCCAACACUGAGAAAGCCUGGGAAGUGGUGCGCUAUGCAUGUCCGUGUGGCAUAUAUGAUCCUGCGGCACCAGGAGAAGAUGAAGGUAGGGUGGGCCUGUGCCGCCUCCUCCCUCCGCCUGCGUACAGUGACGGGGUAUGGCGCAGCUCCCACUGGUGCCCGCCAGAGGGUCGUUGCAAGCAACGGGAGAGGCUUCUCCCCUUCUGCCCUUCUGAUGUCUGUGCUGGACCCUGGAUCAGAGGCGGGGUCUCUGAUGCAAGGUGACCCACACAAAUUGGAUUUCCGGAAUGAUCUCCUUGCCGGCUUGCCUGGAACUGGAGUCUUUGGUGGUUUGCCACACGCUCAGGAGAUGGCACGCCCUGCAACUCUUUUCACGGCUUCUGGUGUUGUCCAUCCUGGCAGUGGGGCAUCAUUUGGUCCUCCCGGCACUCCUCAUGGCUCUUUCCUCAGCCCUGGCCCACAUAUUGAUCCAUUCAGCAGGCCCCCCAGCUUUGCAUCCCUGGGAGCACUCUCCAAUGGUGCUUUUGGAGGCUUGGGAAGCCCAUCCUUUAAUUCAAGCGCUGUCUUUGGGCAAAAGGACAGCCCUGGAGCACCACCCUUCCCUAAUCCACAUGACACCUGGAACCGCCUCCACCGUACACCCCCUUCCUUCCCCACUGCCCCAGCUUGGCCCAAAAGUGGCACUGGAGAUGGCACCGAGCGCGGAGGCCCCCAGCAUGACAAGGAGGGUGAAAAGCCUGAUGGGCCAGUGAUCAAGGAUGAAAAGGACAGAGAUGUCCUCUUUUCCCGCCAUCCCCUGCGUGCUUCUCCUGCUACACCCACCCCAAAGAACUCAGCACUGGCCCAUGAGGAGCCUCCAGGUCGGCCCCACGUACCAGUGGAACGUGACCAUCGCUAUGGAAGCCCAGCAAGUUCAGGGCAUGCCUCCCGCUCCCCUUAUCCAGAGUUGCCUCUGAAGAAGGAAGUGAAGGUCAAGGAAGAGCCAGAGUUGACCGGGUUUGAGGGGGCACUGCGCACGGGGGCACCCUACCACAGCACCCUGCAUGUCUCCCACCCCUUGGGAACACUGGCUGUGUUUGAGCGGCCCCAGGCCGGGACUGGUGGAAGUGUCUCACCGUACCUGGUGGCUGCCCCACCUUCAGCUGCCUCCUAUGCUGCACUUGAAGCUUGGCGUGAGCCCUACCAUCGGCGGCUGGAGUUGCACUCGUUACAGCGCCAGCCCCUUUACCUGGAGGCGCCGUCGCCUGCUGCUGCAGCUGCUGAGGACUAUGGCCGGCUAUAUGGCCUGGCGCCACCCCCCCAUCCUGGCCUCAUGGCCUAUCCCCGCCACCAAAAUGGGCUUCUGGCCAAAGCUGCCCCCUCGGCCGCAGCUGCAGCUCUGCUGAGUGCCCCCCCACCUCUGAUCCCGGCUUCUAACGCUCGCCCCUGUUCCCCUCGCCGUGCCCCUGACAUCCGAGAACUGGCAGCUGCAUACAAGGACCGGGACUCCAGAUAAUGGGGCUGCAGUGGGGUCCUGGCACAUGAGUGCCUGUUUUCAGCAGCUUCCUUUAAUUCUGGCAGACUUACGGACAGGGUCAGUGUGAAUCCCGGUCAGAUAUCUAGGCUCCCCUUCACAUUAGUGGGAAUAGAAACAUAGCUGCCUGUCACCUUAGGCUGAGGUAGAGGCAUGACACUGCUGCCACUACCACCCCAGAAAGACUUUAGCCCCCAACAGUUGUGACUAAUGGGUACUUCUUUCUGGCCUCAGGUUGAGGCUUAGGAUGAUGCGGUCUCUUUGGGCUGUUGCUGGUAACAGGAGCAGGAAUCCACAUCUCAAGCACCCUCAGUCUUUGUUCCUGAUUUCUGCAAAAGCCCCCUCUUUCUGCCUCUGUGGAUUUGGGUGUUCUGUCAGGGGAUUUCAUAUCCUACUGGACUGAAAUUCUGAGUCUGGGGGGUGCUCUUCUCCCUCUAUGGACAAACGGGAAGGCUGCUUUCAGGGGAGAGGGAGGGCUGCAUCUUGAGGUGCCUCCCCCCACAAGGCAGUGUAAAUAUUUAUAUAUUCUGCCCCAGGCAGGUGGGGGGAAAAGGUUUUUGUACAUUUAUAAAAGGUUUGAGAUUGUGAUUUUAAAAGUGACUUCUCUCUCCUCUCCUGCCCUUUCCCUUUCUCCACGGUUCCCCUUGUUUUUACUGUACUGCUCUUUUCUAUACCUGUAUCUGCUCCUUCCCACCUCUGGCUCCCUUUCCUCCUGUAAUUGAUUGGAAAGGUGCAACAAGGAGGGUGCAACGCACUUGCCUGGUGCCCUUUUCUUCCCCAGGUUGGUUAAUUAAACCCCAAACUGGUGCUUCUGGA